UCAGGCUAACCAAAUGCCUGCAGGCUGUGAACGGCCAGCGGCUCCCGCAACGGCCUGUUUCUCUUAAACAGAGGGGUAAAGUUACCACCCUGACGCGGGACCCACCGAGCUACUGCUCUGCCUUUAAAGUUCAGCCCUCCGUCACUCGGUCGGUUCACGAUCAUGUUGAGCACCGUUGCUCUGCGCUCUCAGAUCGCCUCUGUGAUUGAUGCCUUGUCCAAAGCAGCCGUGGCAGAAAUCGCCAAAGUUGUGGAGGAUGGCAUGGUGGUGCUGCGGCUGGAAAUGUGCCAGCGUGAAAACGAGAUCAAGAAGCUGAAGAGCAACAUCGAGCUUCUGCACGGAGAGCUGAGAGCAGCGCAGCAAGCGGUGACCCUGAGACCCGAUCACCACGGGAGAGACGAAAGUCAGACUGGUGCCGGUGAGGCGAGGAACUCGCUUGAAAACAUGCAAGCUGACGAAGGGCCCGGUGCCCUGUCUGCACCUGAAGUGAAGGUGAAGUGUGAACCCAUGGAGGAGGAGCAUCAAGAGGCCAGUAGACAGCCUGACAAAGCGGGAGGAGAGCUGCCUCUAUAUGAAGGUGGACAGUGGAGAUCAAUGACACAAAAUGAGACUGGACACAACAGCUCUGAUUAUUUAAAUUUAGGACAGAACUCCCUGUCUUGUCUUCCUGAAUCUUUGGACAGUGGGCUGGCCGUGACUUGCAGCAGCUCUGGUGGAUUUCAGCAGAGCCACUUUGGUCGUGGGAUACUCAGUUAUAAUCCAUACCGUAAUGCAUACAACACAGUACGGAGGAGGACGGUGAAGAGGUUAUUGCUUAAAAAAGGCUUUAUCUGUCCCUACUGCGGCAAAUGUUUUGAGCGUGCGGGGCACCUCGAGAGGCAUAAAAGGAUUCAUACCGGCGAGAAGCCGUACCGCUGUGAGAUAUGCGGGAGGCGGUUCAAUCAGAAGUGCAGCCUCAAGGAGCACACGAAGAUUCACAGAAGAUGCGUUCAGUCGGGACCAGUUGAGAUCCAAGUGGGCGAGCAAAAACCAAUUCCUGAGGUGAAUCCACCUGCUGAUGCACAUCACCCUGAAGAAGAGAGCCAGGCUAAAACUGAAGAUGCUGUACUUAAGAGUGAGGACAUUCUGCCAACACCCGUACAGGUAAAAUCUGAGCCUGCAGAAAAGAAUAUAACACCGUCACCGCUCUUUCAUGGGGGGAACGAGCAGACGAGAGAAGGAGUUGAAACCCUCGGUGACACCUUUACAGCGUUUGAGAGAGAGAGCCAGCAGUGGAUGUCCAGACUACAAAGCAACCCUGAGAUGAGCAGCGCAGAAUUUCUCAGCAGCUCGGAGCAGAAUAUGGCGUCGUUCCCUGGGAUGGCUCAGCUGGUCCCGCCACCAGCUGAAGCAUCUUGUAGCACCUUCUCUUUCCCAGCGAAACCAUAUGGGGAACUCAAAAACAGUCUGAUCUCCCAAACACCGUACGGAUCCUCAGACACGCUCAUGAUGCCACACGAAGGAGGUUUGCACAGCAUGGCAGAGACCUCGCUGAAUCACAUUCAUCAGAGGAGGAGGAGAUCUUUUCAGGUGAUCAAACCAAAGAAGUGCUUCAUCUGCUCGUACUGUGGCAAGACCUUCGAGCGAGCCGGACAUCUCGAAAGGCAUUUGCGAAUUCAUACCGGAGAGAAGCCGUAUGGCUGUCAUAUCUGUGGGAGGUGCUUCAAUCAGAAGAGUAGCCUCAAGGGUCACAUGAAGACACACAGAAACGGAGAGAACCCAGAUGUGCUGGAUCCACAUCACCUGAUGUUUACACUUCCUGAUAAUCACCUAUUGCAGAACCUGGCAGAACCCAAGAAUGGGCUACCACCUUUUGAGGAACCCUUGCCAGGCCCCACAUACAGUGAGACAGCCCGGGAGGAAACGGUUAUGGUAAAGCUUGAGCCAAAUGGAGAAGAUUUUCAGGGUUUAAGUCAGGUAGGGGCUGAUAACGGCACAGGAGUGCCAGAUCAGAGUCAGCUGUGGACAUCUGGGAUAGAGAAGAGCAGUGAUGCCCCUGAACAGACUGUCUGUGUACUUCUACAAGAUGUCAAGUAUCACCUCAGUCCCGCUGCUGGAGCCGCCAGUGAGCAGCAGGGAUAUACAUCGCCGAUCAAGGACCUGCCUUUUCUAGACAACAAAGAAAAUGAAGAAUUGAUGCCCAACGAUCAGUAUUCUGUCAUAGGAGUACAGCCAAGCAGCUCUGAUAUAAUUCUUACACCUGAGCCACAUGAUCAACAUAUCACACACAAGGUGCCUGUGAGUGAUUACGACACAGCGAGGGACCAGACUCCUGAGGGGGGCGGGUUUGGAUUUAAUAUGAACACCUCAACAGACCACGGGGGAGACUGUGACGAGGACGCCAGCGGGCAAAACUGCUUCAUAUGCUCAAGUUGUGGGCAAAGCUUUGACAGCUUCAGUAUAUUUCGGAGACACCAGUGUGAGAAAAUCACAGAGCAGCCUUUCAGCUGUGAGAUCUGUGGAAAGAUUUUCCACCAGAUGAGCAUCCUGAAACUGCAUCUUAAACUGCAUGUGGAGUAAAAUCAGUGGAAAGAAAAGACAUUAAAAUUAUGUAAGCGUAGCACACGAGAAUAGUUAUUCAUGUUAUUUAAAUGAAUAGUUGACAUGUAGUGAAAUUCUCAAUGGCUGAAUCUGAAGAACAAAAAUCAUCAAUCUUCUUUUUUGGCGAGCACAAAAAUGACUGCUCCAUCUGAUUUCUGUUACAUUUUACAUAAAUGCUCUGCUGCUUUAAACCACUCCACGUGUUUGUGAAUUGAUUGGGCAUUGGAACAACUGCACAACUGCUUUUUACUUGCUUUGUAUUGUGUGGUGCUGGGCUCUUGAGUCCCUGUGACAAUAGCUUAAUUGCUACAGGGAGACAAAGUUGAGAGAUGUUUCAGUAAGGAAGCACGAUGCAUUCACUUCACAUAAAUAAAAUUUGUCCUUUUUUUUCUGAAUUAAUUAUCCUGGAAAUUCUGUGGAAAAACUUGCAUAAAAAUAAAAAUCUGCUCUGGUUCUCUGAGUUAACGACAUCUUAAAAUCCAAAAAGAGCUGAGCAUCUUGCAGUAAUGUAGGUGGCACUGUUACAAACUAGUCUGCUGGAUGUUGAAGUGUUUCUCUGCGAUUUCUUGAACUGACGUUGCUUCAGGAUAUAAGAUGAUGCACAUGUGGAGACUCAAUAUGCAAAGGAUUUGCAGAACUAUAGGCCAAAAGAUGUACCCAAUUAGGACCAAAACACUUGGAAAAAGUCAAUGCUGACCGUUCUAUUGAACAGAAAGGUUCAACAAAAACACCAAAAAAAGCAAGAAGCUACCGUAGGGUGUAUGCCGUGGGCACGUGCAGGUCAAAAAGCUAACAAAGACUGCUCAGAGCUCUGCUGAGCGACCGGCUCCUCGUCCUUUUCUAACUUCCCAAAUCUUGGUUUUAACUUUAAACAUCAAUUAUUUCCUAAUUAGUGUCCAAAUCUUGCUUACACAUGUUUACUUUAAUCAGUGUGUCAGUAAACAAGAUUUUGUUUCCGUCUAUGAAAUUUAACACGUGCACAUCAUUUCUUGGCAGUCCUCCCACAUCAUCAUCAGUUCAGUCCUUUUGACAGGUUUACAGCUGGCGGUAAUUAAUAUUGUUGACAUUUUUGCAACUUGGGGCAGUUUGUGGUGUCCAAAUCAAGCAUAAAUCUCACUAAUUAGGGGUGUACAAGGCCAAACUACUGCCACAUUCUACAAAUCAUAGACCAUAAAACUAUCACAGUCAACCAGUAAUAUGAAUUAUAAGCCACAAAGCUGCCAACCAUUAGCACAAAUCAUAACGUAAAACAAAAGGUGUAAAGGCACAAAGUAUAUAGUGUAAAAUACAAUAUAAAUGUAGAUAAGGUGCAGGGUCCUCAGCCCUAAAGUGUCAACUUGACAAUAUAGGUCAAACAGUGUAUAUCAUUCUAGUGUGUAUAUAUGACUAAGUUUAAAAAGAAACAACAAAAGGUGGCAGUAUUUUCCAAAGUUUCAAACUUAAGCAAGAAGAAAGUCAUUCAGUAGGGAGUGAGGAGCGGCCAUUACUGCUCAAGACAUCAAGCUUUCAGUGUUUUAAGUUAACUUCCUAUAAAACAUGAAACCAUCAGGAGUUGAGCAGCCAAACUUGGCACACAGGUACAUCUUAGGCGACUGAAGCUUCUUUGCUGUAUCAGAUAUUAUGACAUCACCGUGUUUCCUAGCAACCCCCUAGCAGCAGGCUAAAAUUAUGGUAUAUAUUCUUUUUAAAUAGCCAUUUGCUUUUGAAUAGAUAUGGUGAAUAAAGUCACUGAGGCUCAUAUGCACCCCAUUAAGAUCCACAGACAGACCAAACAAUGCUGCACCGUGGGCAUGUAGGAGUCUCAUUAAUUCAGAAAAAACAGACAAUUUUUUUGGACAAGUGAAUGAUUUAUGCUUCUGUAAUUGAGUAACAUUUGAAGCUCUCAGAUUUUCCGGUCUGUACCAGAGCCAUUAUUCAGACUUCUCAUUAGUUUUGCUUUACUAACUAGUAGUAACAAGCCAAAAACAAGUGUUUGCUCAAUGGGAGAUACUAACAAAGUUGUUUUUUUUUGUGUGUGUGUGAAUUAAGUGCACAAUUUUAAUGUAAACUAGUCAAAGAAAUCUAUUCUGUGUUGACAGUAUUGCAUUUUAUUAUGGUACACAGUACGAUUUCAGUCCAGUAAACAACCAUUACCUCAACCCAAACGGCACCGUUCAGCUUUCUGACACAAUUUUAAAGAGCACUGCUUCUUAAAAUGUGCCCUUUACAUUGCAAAUAAUGUAAUUACCUUUUCAUUACUACAGAUUUACAGCAUGUUUUCAAAUAAUAGAACAGUUGCAAACAUAGUUUUAAUGUUUCUCUUUAUUGUGCAGUUUAUUAAGAAAUAUCACAUUCUUGGUGACAAAUCAAUAGUUUGUGGAAUUCAUUGGCACAAAUACAUGCAUUAUUUUAACAUAUCACAUUGCAAUUUAGGGCUUGCUGCUCUUUUUUUCUUCUUUUAAUUUACUAUUCCACACUAUACCAUAUAUAAUAAAGCAAGUCUACUGGACCAUUGUUUCUUUUUUUUUUUGGUUUUGGUUGCAUUAGUGCUAAAAUAAAAUGAUUUUUGCAUCAGUAAAAUAGAUUUUAAGAUCUGGACUGAUGUUCUCCCACAUGGAGUUUCUUUGUUGCUGUAAGGCGGGUUUUAAAUUUAGUAAUAGACAUUAAAACAGCUGCUUUGCAGUGUCUCAUUUCUGUCCUCUUACGGGCAGCAUACUGUACCUCAAAUCUGUAUCUUCUAGAGCUGCAUGAAAUUUGUGCUUUCAGUGUUGUGCCAUAUUCUGCAAGGUGGUCUUAAAAUAGGCAAAUUACAAGCAGAUACUCAUUGAUUUUUUUCAGUCGAGCCAGGAUUUCAAAUAUGUCUCUUUUUCCACUAAUCCAAAAAAGCAAAAAACAAAAUUUUUUCAUGAAGAAAUUAAAAGAUGAGAGUAAGUAAAUGGUGGAUAAUUUAAGAGAAAGUUAUGCAUUAAAUACCUCAUUUACAUCUGUGGUCACUAUCAAGAAUUUUAAAUGGCCAAGGACUUCGAAGCUUCUCUGUGUUUAUUUAACUACCUAUACCUACCUUGAUAUUUAUUGUGUGAAAUGUAUUUUUAUUUAUGCUCUGGGUCAAAUACAUUAAGUCAGAUCAAACUGAUCACACAGGCAGUAUUGAGUAUUUUAUACAGACAUCUAUAGAAAAGAGUCCUGAAAUUUUUUAUUUUAUUUUAUAAUUGUUAGCAGCGGGUGGUUAGAUGUACACAGGCCAUUAAAAUAGCACCAGUCAAGCCUACAGACGGCCGUCUGUCUGAGGUAGGCAUGGUGGCACAAAGCUUUUAUGGUAUCCUAUGAAUGCCUCCAUUUUUUCACAUGGGAAUCAGCACUGCUACUGCAGUGCUGAGGCCUCUAAAAACGGUGUCACAAAGUAAAACUCUUAUUUUUUCUCUCCCUUAAAUAAAGUGUUGUCAGUCUACUUUAGUACAGUGGUUUGUUACACAGUCAGUAAUGGCUGAGACCCAAGGCUGUUGUGGAAAGAUUGAAAUUCACUUUGUA